UAUUUCCCCAAUAUCCUUCAAGUAGACAUCUUCAUCGCCGCCGGACAUCAUGGGUAUUCAAAAGAAACAUGGUAAAGGUCGUCUCGAUAAGUGGUAUAAACUUGCCAAGGAGAAAGGAUACAGAGCCAGAGCUGCGUUCAAAUUGAUUCAAUUGAAUAAAAAAUAUGGCUUCUUGGAGAAGAGUAAAGUUCUGUUGGAUCUUUGCGCUGCGCCUGGAGUAAGUACAUUCUGUUGACAUACGUCGAGGCUCCGCUAACUUUGGUGAUAAGUCAUGGUGCCAAGUCGCAGCAGAGACUAUGCCAGUGAGCAGUUUGAUCGUUGGCGUGGAUCUUUCUCCCAUUAAACCAAUUCCUCGAGUUAUUACGUUCCAAAGUGACAUUACGACGGAGAAAUGUCGCGCGACUAUUCGUACACAUUUCAAAUCCUGGAAGGCAGAUACAGUGUUGCAUGAUGGAGCUCCAAAUGUUGGUACUGCUUGGGUGCAAGAUUCCUUCAACCAAGCGGAGUUGGCCCUUCAAUCGUUGAAGCUUGCAACGGAAUUCCUCGCGCCAGGCGGUACUUUUGUUACAAAGGUUUUCAGGUCCAAAGAUUACAAUAGUCUGCUCUGGGUUUUCAAUCAAUUAUUCACCAAGGUCGAAGCAACGAAGCCUCCCUCGUCUAGGAAUGUUUCCGCGGAAAUCUUCGUUGUGUGUCAAGGGUUCAAGGCGCCAAAGCAUCUUGAUCCUAAAUUUGUCGACCCCCGACAUGUUUUCGCAGAACUCUCUGAUCCCACACCCAACAACGAAGCUAAGGUUUUCAACCCCGAAAUCAAGAAGAGGAAGAGAGAUGGUUACGAAGAUGACAAUAUGACACAAUUCAAGGAAAUUCCAGCCAGCGAGUUCAUCCAAACAACCGAUCCCAUUGCUAUUCUUGGUAGCAUGAAUCGACUGAGCUUUGUGCAACCGCCAAAUGGAGAUGUAGCGCUAGCUGCACUGGAUAAAUUACCAGAAACAACGGAUGAAAUUCGUAACGAUUGUGCAGAUUUAAGAGUGCUUGGAAGAAAGGAGUUUAGAAACCUUUUGAAAUGGCGCCUGAAAGUACGGGAAAAAUUUGGAUUUGCUACGAAAAAGGGCGCAAAGACGGAGAUGGAAGAGGUAGCUGAGGUAGAGGAUAUGGAUGAGGAGCUAAAGAUUCAAGAAGAACUUCAGGCUAUGAGCGAAAAGGAGAGUGCACGUAGAAAGCGUGAAAAAAGAAAAGAGAACGAGAAGAAGCAAAAAGAGAUCAUUCGGAUGCAGUUACAUAUGACAGCACCAACAGAUAUUGGCCUAGAACAAGCAGGACCAAAUGGUGAAGGAUCUAUGUUUGGACUAAAAGCAAUAGAUAAGGCAGGUGCUGCAAAUAAGAUUGCAAAGGGAAAAAUGGCGAUUCUCAAAGAAUUGGACCCUAGGCAAGAGGAUGGUGGAUAUGCUUCAGAAGAUAGUGAGAGCGACGAUGAGCAAGAUCGACUUGAUAGGGAGCUUGACUCGAUGUAUGAGAUGUAUCAGGAACAGAAGUCGAGUGCUGAUGCAAAGUUCCGCGCCAAGAAGGCAAGGAAGGAGCAUGAAGAUGGUGACUGGGAAGGCUUUUCGGCGGAGGAGGCACAGAGCGACGACGAUAAGCUGGAGGAAGAUAGUAGUGAUGAGUCGGACGAAGAAGGGCCUAUCAAACAAUCUUUGUUGACGGAUCUGGAACGAAAUGAGAAGAGCGCUAGUGGACUCUCGAAAAGGGCAUCUCAAUUUUUCGAUCAGGAUAUCUUCAAGGACAUUGGAGGGAUACCUGAAGAAGAAUCUGAGGAAGAAGUCGAACAGGAAGAUGAAGAAGUUCAAGCCGACCUUGACAAGCUUAUGAAGGACAGAUUACUUGAAGAGGAAGAAGGAGACGAGAUCAUGGAAGAAGCGCCCGAAGCAAGUGACAGCAGCGAUGAUGAAAAUGGGUUCGAAGUUGUAAAACGCAGAGAAGGUGAAGCACAAUGGGAAGAUGAAGAGCCCAAAAAGGAUGGACGAUUAGGUAUAUAGUUCUCUAGCUUGUUGUCCUUACAGCUACUAACACAACAUUCCACAGACAUCGACAUCAUCACCGCCGAAGCCAUGACACUCGCCCAGCAAAUCGCCUCUGGCCAAAAAUCCAUGUACGACCUCGCCGACGAAAGUUUCAACAAAUAUGCCUUUAAAGACCGCGACGGUCUCCCCGACUGGUUCCUCGACGAUGAAGGCAAGCACGAUAGACCGCAUCGACCAAUUUCGGCAGCCGGGGCAGCAGCCAUAAAAGAAAAGCUCCGAGCUCUGAACGCCCGACCGAUCAAGAAGGUGCGGGAAGCCAAAGACCGCAAGAAGUUCAAGGCGGCGCAACGACUUGAAAAAUUGAGGAAAAAGUCGGCGUUGUUGGCUGAUGAGGAGGGCAUGACGGAGAAGGAGAAAGCAAACAGUAUUGGAAAGUUGAUGAGUAAAGCAGCGAAGAAAAAACCAAGGCAAAAUGUGAAGGUUGUGGUUGCUACGGGUGGUAAUAGAGGAAUCGCGGGCAGACCAAGGGGUGUUAAGGGUAAAUAUAAGAUUGUGGACGCUAGAUUAAAGAAGGAUGUUAGGGGCCUGAAGCGAGCGGCUAAGAAAAGGAAGUGAUCUAAUUUAAUCAGUGUGGAUGGAUGUUGGGAAUGGACAUGUGUUCGUUGUACAAUACAUUGGGAAGCAAAUCUAUUCAAGUGUUCAGGGACGCACCCUUCGGAGAGAAAAUCAAACAGCAAAACAUAAUGUCGUAAAGGUUAUUCGACUGUCGAAUAUGAAUUGGACUUUGAAGAGUGUUGUGAGGGUCGGCGUAUUCGAUUUUGGUGUUUGGAUUUUCCUCCCUAUCGCGAGUGGGCAUAACAGUAUAUUUGAUAAGCAUCAUGGUUUUGACUUCGCCCUUCACAUGAAUUGCUAAACAUUGUCCGAAAUGUUCGAUUUGCCAAAUAUGCUGCAUUAUGUGUAUAGCAAAAUUGUAGUAAUCAAUGACC